UUCUUCAACGGUAGUGGGCCCCGCUGCCCCUAACCGAUACGCCCACGCUACCGUCUCUACCUACAUUCGAUUUGUCUUAAUCCGGGCGGCUGGAGGCUGUUUGCGGUUGCGAUACAUUAUUUCAGCAGGCCGGGACUCGUCCGUGCCAUCUACUCUUAAUUUCGAUUCGUCAGUUUUAAUGUCUUCAUCUUUCAGCAUGCUGCGGCCCCGUGUCCUGGCCGCCGGGCUGGGCGUUGCCGCUCUCUUGGCGACAGCGGCGAUCUUGGCCCUCGAGGUGGCCAUCGCCCAAGCUCUAUGGCCAUUGGCGUUGCAGAUCAGAGUGGCCGCCGUUGUCGCUUCGGCGUGGCAAGCAACCAUGCUCAUCAUUUUGGCCGUCUUCUUAGCUAAGGCCAUGGGGCCUGUCAAAGACUACGGCUCGAGAAAACCCAACGGUGCUUGGUUCGCGUUGGGCGUCGUCGCGAGCGUACUAGCGUCAGCCGCGUGCGUCGUGAUGUUGGUCUUAAUGGGGAAAGAGGAGGACCUGCCGGAGACGCUUUUCCGACUUCCACCGGUGAACUUCCUGAUCGGGUCCGCCAUUGCACUCGUCUCUGCCUUCGUAGGGCAGCUUACCUUUAUUGUCGUCUACUUCGUUGUCCACCGGCUAUCCGACUCAGAACAUACACUGUCUCUUCACACCAACGACGAUAGCGCCCGCACGCCGCCGAUUCGUGUUAAAUCCGUCCCGUAUAGUCGAACGACGCCCGCUACUAGUCAGAUCAAGAUGCAGCAACGGAUGUCGAUGGACUACUCAAGCCGGCCCGGAUCAAGCGGCAGCCGCUCGGUCGCGGAGACCAUGAGCUCCAUUCGUACCUCGAUUAGCCACGUUGUGCGCCCAUCGGGAUCGAGGACUAGAUUAUUAUCUUCUAGUUCGAAGCCCGGUCGCCGUCCCCCUUCUACUGGUUCGGGCGGUUAUCGGGAGCGAUCGAGCCUAGCCGAGGACGGGUUCGAUUCCUGGGAUACUUCCUCGGUUGACCCUCAAAACCGGCAGACCGUUCUGGAUACCACCAACCUGACCAUCCGCUCCCGCUUUUUGGAAACGAUCCCCGCGAGCCCGACGACAAGCCGGAGUCCGAGCCCCGGCUGCCCGCUGGAUCUCGAGCCUCCCAAGCGCAGCCGCAGAAGCCGAAGUUACAGUCCCGUUCCCAGAGCGCAGCAGGAGCGGAGCAUGACCACGCUAGUACAGCCGGGCGAACUUCACAUCCACCCGCUUUUCCGAUCCGACUCGCCCGCUCCGCCAGCAGCGACGCCGGGGACGAUCGUAGUCGCGGCACCCAAUGCGGGGCAAACAAUCUCGGAGAAGUCCCUCACCCGGAUGCGAAGUGGCAGCCUGCCUACAGGGCCAGUAUCCCUAAGUCGGCAAGGGAGCUACGAUAGCUUCCGGAAAACGCCGAGCCCCAACACGGAGCGCAUUCGUUCGGAGGACCUGGCUGCAGAGCGGCAGAUGACGCCCCCGAUUCCCGAGUGGAUCCUGAGCUCCGGAUCCAAAACCAGUCUGGCCGACUAUCAGACCAAGGGACAGCGGGAACCGGGAACAGCCGAGUAGCUGGACCCGGCAACACAUGAAUGAUGACGAACAACAUGUAUGACUUGUUACUGGCUUUUUUUUCUUCUUCUCUUUACGACACGACCAUACGGUAUCUGUAGUUUAUCAGGCGGGCUUGGGAGGCGGAUUAUUCCGGGGGCUACUCGGAAGAUACUGGGAGAUACCAUUGUGCUUUAGCGUGGCGUUGCGUUACAUCCUAUCCGACAGCGCUCGGCACUGGGGAGGGAGGGAGCGGGAAAGGGGUCCAUGUAAAUAUACCGUCAUUCUCCCUCCCGUGAGGGAUGUAAAGGAUGUAAAGGGGAGAGGCGGCGGGAGAUGCCUAAAGCUAGUCCCAAGAGCACCCAGAGCAAAAUAAAUAAGUAAAACUACG